AUGUCGAGACUGAAGAAGAAGUCAACUAUUUUGCUAAUCAGGUUGGUUUCUAAGGAACUAGACAAGGGAAUUAAGGUCGGAAUGGGUCAUCAGGAAGCUGCCGCAACUAGUUUAGGAAAGUAUUUGAUGGAAGAUAUGAUGAAAGAAAUAUUGAAGAUAAGAAAGAAGGCAGAUGAUGAAAAUUUUAGCAAGUUCUUGGCAAUGCUCAAACAUUUGACUAUAAAUGUGCCUUUGAUCGAGGCCCUGAAGCAAAUGCCAGGGUAUGCAAAAUUUAUGAAAGAUCUUGUGACAAAGAAACGAACAGCGAGUUGCGAACUAGAAGCAGACCUCCACUAUUGUAGUGCUAUUUCCAUAGGGACCUUGAUGCAAAAGAAGUCGAAUCUAGGUGCAGUCACUAUUUCCUGCACAAUUGGAACUAUGGACUUUACCAAAGCACUGUGUGAUCUAGGAUCAAGUGUUAACAUGAUUCCAUUGACUAUCUAUAAAAAGUUGGGUCUGGGAAAUCCCAUAACGACCAACAUGAGGCUGGUAAUGGCCGACAGAUUAGUAAAGCGACCUGUUGGCAUUUUGUAUGAUGUACUGGUAAAGGUCUCCAAUUUCAUAUUCCCUACAGACUUUAUCAUUAUGGACUGUGAGGUGGACUUUGAGGUGCCCAUAAUCUUAGGUCCACCUUUCCUCACAAUCGGAAGUGUAUUGAUCGAUUUGAGAGCAAAUGAGCUCUUAUUCAGGGUGAACAAUGAAGAGCUACAGUUUAAUGUGGGAAAAUCAAUGAAACAGAAUGAGGAAAUGAGUAUGUUCGUAGUAUUUGAUGUGUACUUUAAGGACGAACAGGAUGAGCUGCCUGGUCAUUUACGAUAUGUAUUUCUUGGAAAAGGGAAUACACUACCUAUUAUUAUUGCAGCUGAUUUGGAAGAACGACAGGUAACUACACUUAUAUUAGUGCUUCAGAAGCAUAAGAGAGCAAUUGGAUGGACCAUCACAGACAUUAUUGGAAUUCCCUCUGGCAUCUUUUACCUUAUUUCUGACAGCAAGUGGGAGAGCCCAGUUCAACUUGGGCCCAAGAAGGGUGGUAUGACGGUUGUUGCUAAUGAAAAGAAUGAGUUGAUUCUACUCAGGACAGUGACUAGGUGGAGAGUCUGUAUGGACUACCAUAAGUUAAACUCUUGGAUACUGAAGGACCAUUUCCCAAUGCCUUUCAUGGACCAGAUUCUUGAUCGACUGGCUGGCAGGGGGUGGUAUUACCUCCUUGAUGGAUUCUAUCGGAGAUUCAUAAAAGACUUCUCAAAAGCUUCAAGCUCAAUUUGCAAGUUGUUGGAGAAGGAAGUUAAAUUUCUCUUCGAUGAUGAGUGCUUGAAGGUAUUUGAUUGCCUUAAAAAGAAGUUGGGGGAGGCCCCCAUUGUUAUUGCACCUGAUAGGGCCAAACUAUUUGAAAUAAUUUAUGAUGCAAGUGGUGUUGCACUAGGAGUUAUAUUGGGACAAAAGAGGGAUAAAUUGUUUCACCCAAUAUAUUAUGCUAGCAAAUCACUGAAUGGAGCACCAAAGAAUUACACAUUAAUCGAACAAGAAUUGCUAGCUAUCGUGUAUGUUUUUGAGAAAUUCAGGUCGUAUCUACUAGGAACUAAAGUGUUAUUUGAUGUGUGGGGUAUUGACUUCAUAGGUCAGUUUGUAAGUUCUUACGGGAUGAAGUACAUUCUAGUUGCUGUUGAUUAUGUUUCUAAGUGGGUUGAGGCUGUCAUAUUGGCUGACAAGGAGGGAAAGAGAGUCAUUGCAUUUCUCAAGAAGAACAUCAUCUCUCAUUUCAGAGUACCACGUACUAUCAUAAGCGAUGGAGGAUCUCACAUUUGCAAGAAAAUAUUUCGAGGGGCUCUGGCGAAGUAUGGUGUGAAACACAAUAGAGUGGCUACUCCAUAUCACCCACAAAUCAGUGGGCAAGUGGAGGUGUAG